AUGGCGGCUAUUCCAGCCCCGACACCCAUCACAGAAUGGCCGGACUACGCUGUCGAUCCCAAUGGAGGAGACGUCAUGACAACUGAUCUCAAUGCGCUCUAUGACAAGGGCGAUCUGUGUUGGAUGCUGGUCAGCACAGUGCUAUGUUGGCAAAUCACACCCGCCAUCGGCUUCCUCUACGCAGGAAUGCAUCGCCGAAAAGCAGCGCUGACCAUGAUCUUCCAAUCUCUCUUCUGCGCCUGCGCCGUCGGCAUCCAAUUCUGGGUAUACGGCUACUCUCUCUACCAGUCGCAUACGACCAACCCUUUCCUUGGAGAUUUGUCAAAAGCAGGUCUACACAACACACUCGCUUCACCGUCGCUUGCAAACGCCGAUAUCCCUGAUAUACUCUAUGCUGCAUUUGGGUUCACUUUCGUUACCUGCACCGCGAUGAUCUUGGCAGGAGCGAUGCUAGAGCGAGGACGCUUGUUUCCUUCGAUGCUCUUUCUGCUCUGCUGGACUACGUUUGUAUACUACGUGCUAGCACACGCGGAGUGGAAUCCUAGUGGUUGGCUUUACAAGCUUGGUGUUCUUGACUUCGCCGGCUCGGGUCCUGUACACAUCGCGUCUGGGUUUUCUGCUCUGGCUUGGGCUGUUAUGCUGGGGCCACGCGUUGACCCGCAUAAAGAGUCGCAUCACCCCAGGAUACCGCACUUCAAGCCUCACAGCCCUUUCCUUGUUGGACUUGGCACGAUAUUGAUCUGGUUUGGAUGGUUUGCAUUCAAUGGCGCCUCGACGGCCAACCUAUCCCUUCGCUCUAUCUACAUCGUCUGCAAUACCAACCUCGCCGCCUCUGGUGGCGGAAUAGCCUGGGUCUUACUGGAAUACAUGUUCACGCGCAGAUUCUCCAUCAUUGGCUUUUGUUCAGGAAUCAUCUCCGGUCUCGUCGGUAUCACACCAGCCUGUGGAUUCGUGCCUGUGCAGACCGCAGCCCUGAUCGGAGCCCUUACCUCCUGCGCAUCCUUCUUCACAGUCCGCUACAAAUACCUCCUCGGCAUCGACGAAGGCCUCGACAUAUUCGCCAUCCACGGCAUCGGCGGUUACGUCGGCGACAUCAUGACCGGUUUCUUCGCCGCACCCUACGUACCCGCCAUGGACGGCGUAAGCAACACCUACGAAGGCGGCUGGUGGGCCCGGAACUGGAAACAGAUGGGUUACCAGCUGGCUGCUGCGACUACAUGCGCCGCAUGGUCUUUUGUCGUCUCGGUCAUCUUACUCUUCAUCAUCAACAGGAUUCCUGGUUGCCAUAUCCGUGCGACUGAGGAUGAUGAGCUGAGGGGUUUGGACUAUAAGUAUUUCAGCGAUGCAGAUGGGGAUAUGGAGGUUCUGACUGGAUAUGGCCCUACGACUCCGGGUCGAGCGGUGUCGCAGGUUGCGAGCGGGUCUGAGAGUCAUCAGGAGGUGCCUGUUGCGACGGAGAAACGGGAUUGA